GAAAUGUGUUUGUUGUAAGCCUGGCAGUUGCAGACUUGGUUGUAGCAAUCUACCCAUAUCCACUGGUCCUCACAUCUGUAUUUCACAACGGAUGGAAUCUGGGAUACCUUCACUGCCAGAUUAGUGGCUUCUUGAUGGGCCUAAGUGUCAUUGGAUCAAUCUUCAAUAUUACAGGCAUCGCUAUCAAUCGGUACUGCUAUAUCUGCCACAGUCUCAAAUAUGACAAGCUGUACAGCGACAAGAAUUCAUUGUGCUAUGUUGUUCUUAUCUGGGUCCUAACAGUUGUUGCUAUCGUGCCCAACCUGUUUGUGGGAUCGCUACAGUAUGACCCCAGGAUUUACUCAUGUACAUUUGCACAGUCUGUGAGCUCAGCAUAUACAAUAGCAGUUGUGUUUUUCCAUUUCCUGCUUCCCAUAGCCAUAGUUACUUUCUGUUACUUGAGAAUAUGGAUCCUCGUUAUUCAGGUAAGGCGAAGGGUUAAACCAGACAACAACCCCAGAUUGAAACCACAUGACUUCAGAAACUUUGUAACCAUGUUUGUGGUGUUUGUACUGUUUGCAGUCUGCUGGGCUCCUUUGAACUUUAUAGGCCUUGCCGUGGCUGUCAACCCAGAAACUAUAAUCCCUCGGAUUCCGGAGUGGUUGUUUGUAUCUAGUUAUUACAUGGCAUAUUUCAACAGCUGCCUUAAUGCUAUUAUAUAUGGACUCCUGAACCAGAACUUCAGAAGAGAAUACAAGAGAAUUAUUGUCACUUUUUGUACAGCAAAAGUUUUUUUCCAGGAUAGUUCUAAUGAUGUGGGAGACAGGAUGAAAAGUAAACCUUCUCCACUGAUUACAAACAACAAUCUAGUGAAGGUGGACUCUGUCUGA